UUGCCCGGUGAUAAAGUUUUCAGGAAAAGUGGAGUUGCUCAGGGAAAUUAGUUUUGCACGCGAAUUUCACGACUCGUGAGGAUAACAGGCAAGGAUUGCUGCGUUUGUCCUGGCCUUGGUUUGGUAAACCGGAGUGUGCGGAAGGACACGCAUGAGCAGCAGCGCGGAGGUCGACGGGUCCGGGAUUUUGGGGGUGUGCGCGUAGACGAAGACGGACUCUCGGGUAGUUUUCGGUUCUUGUGAAAUCGUUACCGUCGGUGGAAAGGUGGAUCUCGGAUCGUGCGUCGUUGGGAAAACGGUCGGAUAAUAUACGGAAGAAAAUCCGCCAAUUUGCGUUGUCUUGAUGCGAGAAAAAUGGAUGAAACAUAUCUGAAAAACCUCGAAACGGCAGCCCAUAUCAUUAUGGCUCCGCCGAAUUCCAUCACGAACCAGCAACGGCACGAGUCGGAGGUUCUGUUCACCAACUUCCGCAAAACCAAGAACCCGUACUCGCUCUGCCAAGCGAUUCUGGAGAAAUCUUCCGUCGAUCUGGUGCUGUUCGAGGCGGCCGACGUGUUGAAGAAGGCCGUGGUCGGAGAAUGGAAGUUUAUCUCGGAGCAGGACCGCGUCUCGCUGCGCCAGUACCUGUUGAACUACGUGACACAGCGAGACAUCCCGGUAUUCAUCCGGGACAAGCUGCUGCAGGUGGUGGCCAUCAUGAUCAAACGCGCCAGCCUGGAAGACCAUGGCGUGGAACGUGGCCAGAUCAUUGAGGAAACGAAAAAAAUGCUCACCUCUGGCGACCUCAAGCAACAGAUUCUAAGCUGCAGUAUCAUGCUGGCCAUCCUGGAAGAGUACUGCAACAUAGUCCGCUCGGACGAUACCGGGCUCAAUACGCUGGAACAUUUCAAGGCAAAGAAGCAAUUUGAGGAUUCGGAUCUACUGAAAACAUUCGUCAUGACGCUGCAGGCAAUGAUUGACAUUGUGAGCGCCUUUGAUGCGACCAACAGCAUGCAAAUGUACUUGUUUAAGCAGUUGCUCACCGUCAUGGAAACGGUAUUGACCUGGGGCUUUCUGCUGCCGAACCUACAGAACGUGCGAGUCAUGCACUCGCUGUCGAAGCGUAUCAUAGAUACGUCCGAGAUGGUCACCAAGGCGUUGCAUGCACCUCCGUUGCGCCUGCAGGCACAGUGGAAGAGUGUGAUUUUCGAUCCGAAGGUGUUGGAAGUGUUCUUUCACACUUACUGGAAGACUCGCGAGAUAGAUGACCUCCAACCGAAGGCGCUGAUCUGCAUGCUACAGCUAUCGACUCUGCGGGGCCCCAUCAUCACGGAUAACAUCGACGAGAGUAUGUCGUACUUGGCGAACUAUCUCACUCACUUCCUGUCGAUGAUGACCAACAUGGAAAUCAAGGACAAGGAAGCUUACAGCUUUUCGCUUAUUCUCCGCAAACUGUUCCAGUUCCUGCCGACGGAAAUGUUAAAGAUGCUACCCAACUCGUUAUUUGAGGCAUCAAUACAGCAGUGCUUCACGUUGACAAUGAAGUUCUUUGAGCUAUCGGCGGCCGAAGAAUCGGCUUCACCGGACGAAGCGCUGUACAUCGACGCCCUAAGCAACCUGCUCGGCAUAUGGUUGUCGUUUUUGAACGAUAAACAAAACUACCCAAUCGAACCCAUGGUUCCCUACAUAACGCAGAUGUUUGAAAAGUACAUUCAAUGUCACCUGGCACCGCCUCAGGGCGUAAGGGGUGCAGGGCGGGAGAAUGAAACCGGAGAAAACGAAAUUACGGAGAUUGAAGAACCGGACCGGGAGCGAUUUAAAGAGCAGCUUGCUAUAAUGGGAUUUUUUGGCCGAGAAAUACCUUUACAUUCGUUGGGCUUGUUAGCGAAGCUGCUAGAGGACCGUACACGUAAGCUGGGCACGUACUUGCACAUGCUGCACGCUUCGAAAUCGCUCUCGAUCUCGGAUGGAAUGAGCCUGGAGAAUCUUUUCGAUGACAUUCACUGGCUGCUGCUGAUAAGUGGGCACGUGAUGGCCAUGGAAGCGGACAGCGAGGAAGCCUCCAUUCCGACAAGUAUCCUCACAAUAUGUACCCAGCAGGUGGAUGCUGGAAAGACGGACGUAUCUACCAGCUUAAAACUGCUCGCAUCACCGAAUCAGGACAUACAGGAGAUCCCGAAUGCGGAAGCUACCGUCGAUCCGGUCCUACGGCUCAUGGCAGCCGGUUUUCGAUUGUGUGAGCUGGAGAAAACGGCAAUCGAGGUGCGAAUGUACCAGUUCCUGAGUCCUGAGCUAAGCGCCACACUACUCUGGUUCUUGCGGCACUGGUGCGAUUCGUACGUCAUGACGAUCGACAAACCUACGGCGAAUAACAUCUUCUCCAACGCUUUCGGUGUGGGCACGGGUGGCGCUCUGUGGGUGAUCAACUAUCUGUUGAACAAAAUUUGUCUCAACGCCCAGCAUCUACGGGGCGAACAGGCCGUCAUGGAGGAAAGCAUUGAACUGCUGCUAGCACUGCAACGCAAUAAAGUGCGAGCACAGACGAUUUUCAACUCCGAGUACUUCCGUUCGAUCUGCGAUUUAAAGAGUUUCGAUUUGGCGCUGAACGUGAAGCGAAAGCUUCUCCGUGGCUUCGUGACUAUCGCGUGCAGUGUCGAAGGCGACGAAUUGCGCAAAGAGUACAUCACACGAAUCGUUGCCGGGACCAAGGAAAAGUACAACAUCCUGAUGAGCACGUUCCAGCAGCAAACCCACGAAGAACAGUUCAAGCAGAAGGUGAUCGAGGUGCUCGAGGAAACAAUCGGCUGUGUGCAGGGUGCGUUCGGUAGCCUGAUGAAGAUACUGUUUAUCGAACUUCGGAACGUCUGCGAGCAGCUCUCCACUUUUAUGACCGUCUACAAAAACGACACGGUAAUUGUGGAGCUGAUUUUGGAACUGUUGCACGAAUUGGAACAGUCAGCGGACGUUAAAAUGGUACGUGUCGGAGUACAUCAAUUCACGGUCGAUGUGGUCGGAGUGUACGUCAAGCACAAUAGCAACCGCAUCUCACUGGAUCCCACCAACAGCGAGAGGGAUCCGCAGGAUUUGAUUUUGAUUCUGAAGCUCAUCAAUGGUUUGAGUAUGCGAAGCGUCGUGAAUGAUGACGAUGAGGAAACGAUCCAGCAAGCCACAGAUGUUUGCAUUUACAGUCUGAUGAGCAUCGUCCAAUUGAUAACGGGCGAAUUGAUACGCUACCCGGAGCUGUGCUACCAGUACUACAUCACUAUAACGUCCUUCGUGGAGUGUAAAUCAUACGUGGUUCCACAACUUCCUCCAGACUUUUUGAAACAGUUGGUCGCAUCGGUUGAGCUCGGGCUUACCUCUUUCACCUCGGAUGUGGAGUUAAAGUGCCUCGAGUUUAUCGAGGCCUUUGCUGCAGUAGUGCUGGCUCAUCAAAAUCCCGAAUCACAAGUGGCGCAGCUUCUGCAAUCGUUCCUAAAGCUGAUGCUUGACAUGACGAUCGGUCAGAAGAUCGACUGGAACAAUACCACCGACUGGUACAAAGCUAUGUUCUGUGUGGUGUGCUGCUUUCCGCAGACAUUCAAAGACAUGAUACAGAGCUUCCUGCAGGAGCACGUAGACAGUAGUACGGAAAAGGCGAAGGAGAUGAUCAACGAUAGCUUGAUGCGAUUGAACCAGAUCGAGUUUAUCAACGCGCGAUUGAUGAAGGUUCGGUUUGUCGAUUGGUUCGAUCGGUUCGUGUCACUGGUGAGUUUAAUGUAUAAGAAAUAAAUUGAUAUUUGGUACCUAUCGCAGCUCCGUUGGAAUGAACUCGCCCGCUGGAGAGCUAUCUUUUUAAUGCUACUUCUACACACAUAGAGAUAGUGACGGAGCGAAAGAUCUAAAGGCAGGGUAAAAGAUAGUGUGUGCAUGCGCGAAAUUUGAAGCACAGGAAUCGGAAAAGUUAGCAGAACUCACGAAAGAAGGACAAAAGCAAAGAUGAUAAACGAAUCUAACACCAAUCUCAGUGUUUACCCAACGACCUCUCUCUGAAUCGUGCUAGUUAUGUUCCCUUUCGUUCGUUUCGUGUCAGCUCGUUUCGAUAGAUAUGUGGCAAAGAUUGACGGCCUGUUUCUGUGUAUCUUACUUAUCAUCGUUAGGCAUUAACCAUUGUGUAUGUUAGAAUUUCGGUUGCAGUUCCUGCCUGGUACUCUGAACAGGAACAGGAUCGAAUGCGAAGCGGUGUCGAUGAUGAUCCGUAUGGCCGGAUACAUGGAAUUCAGAUAACGGGAAUAGAUAGCCGUAUAGAGCAUGUUUUCGAUUUAGAGGAAGUUUAGCUAGGGGUUUACUACAAAACGGAAGGAAGGGAACGUGUAUCAUUAGAUGGAGCAAACGUCCAAACUGAUAAAAAAAGUAGCGAUAGAGGGAGCAAAAGCGCGAAGGAGCGAACCAAAUGCACGACAGAAGGUACAUUAGUUAUUGAUUGCAAUUUUUAUGAAGCAAAAGUGAUAAAGAUUUUUUACGAACGCACCAUCGCACUUUCCUUAAUUCUAAUUUAGAUAGUGAAUAGAGGAUUUUCCAACUCGGCGGCACGUUUUCUGCAUCAUGAUGCAUUCAGUUCUGACUGACUGCUCCUCCCACGGGGUGGAUCAUUGGGCUUGAUAGAGAGAGAAAGUAUGUGACAGUAGAACUGGACGUGAGUGCUGGACGAAGUAAAACAGUUAAGCUUUCAAUGCUCGUUCUACGUUGCUUUCUACCGAACAAAGGAAUUAUGCAUAAGGGGAAGCAAGCAAAGGAAUGAACGCAGAACAGAAGAAUUUUUGAAUGUGUGUUUUGUAAUAUUUUAAUAGACGCAGUUGGUUUCGUAUAAAGUGCUAGCAUUCGCUAGUGAAGGAAGAUCAGGGGCCAUUGUUGUUCUAAGUAGCAUCAAAUGGAUCGGAACUCGUCGAGUCGAGAGAGAGAGAGUGGGGUUUAGUGGGCAGCCAUGUAUUUUUCCGCUAAUUUUCUUCGCAUCUUUACAAUCAUAUGUCUGUAAUAACUGCAAAAUCGAUUGUAUGAUAAUGAACAUCGACACAACAUUGCUUUACUACAAGAUAACUGGCAUGUUGUAAAGCGCUCGCGCUCGUUGGGUGUGCGAGUAAUGCCAAAAUGCCGGCAUAAAACCGGCUAAAGGGCGUAAUGCGAACGAUCUGGUCAGUACAUUUGUUAAUUUAAUGCGUUUUACUCUCGUGUGUUGGCAAAAUUAUCUGUUGAUUAGUGCGCUAGGUUUUUUGGAAUCGAGGAUUCCUUGCGAUCUAGUUAAACCGAAAUAAUUAAGAAAAACAGGACUAACAUUCGAAAAUAAUAAUCACGAAACCAUGGUGGAAUGACGCACACUGCAAGCAAUGGCCACAGUAGCCUACUAUCCAUCAUGUAAUAUUUUCUUUUUUGCACAAAAUCGGUUAGAAAAAGUACGCUUUAAGAGCAGCCGUUUAUGAUGCAUUUGUUAGGCAAAGGAAUACAGGCAAUCGGCCGAGUAUUGUUUUUGAAAAGAUACGCCAGCCACAGCCGGCCAGCAGAACAAGAUUGAGUACAAAUUGAAGUUACAGUUCAACGCUACCGGAAUCCAGACAUAAAACAGACACAGAAAGGAACAUAUUUCAAGAUAUACUUCAUAGACAAAUGGUUCCGGAAAUGAUCCUUUCUUGGCUGGCUUCGAUUUGAUUCGAUAUCAAGCGCAUUGAAUAUCGAUGCGAUGAUCAUGAUUAUUACUCGUGGCUGCAUAUUAAUAAUGAUGCUAACCAAAUCAAAACUC